UGAAGAGACAUGGCCGACAUUUGACUUCUUUGUAAUCGUUGCAGGGAUUAGUUUUACAUUAAUUGUUAAAAUGGAACUGGGCGAAACAAAGACAACACUUUUAAUCAACGCUGCAAUGUCUGCAGUAGGUUUUGCGAUCUGUAUGAGUAUAAUACCAAAGUUUAAAGACAUGUUUAUCAAGGCCAACUUGUUCGGAGUCGACAUGAGUAAAACUACAAAAAAGAAAGUACCAGAAGCACUUGGAGUUGUCUGUGGAGCUGUUUUUUUAAUGAUACUUUUUCUGUUUAUUCCUAUUCCAUUUUACAAACACCUGGCUGAAAAUAAUAACGAUUUCCCUCAUGAUAAGUAUGUGGAAUAUUUGGCUGCUCUAUUGUCAAUAUGUUGCAUGGUAUUUCUUGGUUUUGCUGAUGAUGUUCUCGAUCUACGAUGGCGCCACAAAUUACUUUUACCAACCAUGGCAUCACUACCUUUGUUAAUGGUUUAUUUUGUUAACUUUAAUUCUACUACCAUUAUAGUACCUCAUCCAUUGAGAUUUCUGCUUGGUUUUGAUCUUAAUUUAGGUAUUUUAUACUAUGUGUAUAUGGGAAUGUUGGCUGUAUUCUGUACAAAUGCUAUUAAUAUAUUGGCUGGUGUAAAUGGUUUAGAGGUUGGGCAAUCUUGGGUAAUUGGUAUAUCUGUUCUCAUCUUCAAUUUCAUCGAGCUCUCAGGUGAACAGAGAGCAGCCCAUAUUUUCUCUAGCUAUUUUAUGAUGCCAUUUAUUAGUGUAACAACAGCUUUAUUAUAUUAUAAUUGGUAUCCAUCACAGGUUUUUGUUGGUGAUACAUUUUGUUAUUUUGCUGGAAUGACGUUUGCCGUGGUUGCCAUCUUGGGUCAUUUUAGUAAAACUAUGUUAUUGUUUUUUAUCCCACAAAUUCUCAACUUUAUUUAUUCUGUGCCUCAGUUGUUUAGGUUUGUUCCAUGUCCAAGACAUAGGCUACCAAAAUUUAAUUCAUCAACAGACAAACUUGAACUGAGCAUCACAAAAUUUAAAUAUCAAGAAUUGAGUAUUUUAGGGAAAUUAUUUAUUACUAUAUAUAAAACAUUUGGUGUUAUAAAAGUAUGGGAAAAGAAAGGAGAAGAUAAACAGUAUAUGGAGUGUAAUAAUUUCACGUUAAUUAAUCUUAUAAUAAGAUUUCUAGGACCCUUACAUGAGCGGACUCUGGUCUCAAUAAUAAUAGUAUUUCAGAUAUUUUGCAGUAUGGUAGCUUUUACUAUUCGAUAUCAGCUGGCUUUAUUAUUCUAUGAUAAAUUGUCUUAAAAUGUUCAUAUAGAUGAGAGAGGAUAAUAUUAUCAUGUGAAUUGUUGCUACAAUUAUUUUAUUUAAACCUAAGUCAAAGACAAUACUUAACAAUUGAACAUCCAAACAAAAUGCGUUAGAAUCGAAGAGUGGAAGAUUUUGAGUUAAUAUAAUGCCAAAUAAGGAGAUAUGAUUGGAAAAUUUGUUUAUUAGAAGAUAUGAUUGGAUGAUUUUGUGAAAAAAUGAUAUCAAAUUGGAAAUAAUUUGAUGAUUUUGUCUAAAAUCAUACUUAAUUAGAAAUGAUUGGAUAAUUAUGUGUAAAAUGAUACCAAAUUAGAAAUGAUGAUUGGGUGAUUAUUUGUAAAAUGAUACUGAAUUAGAAAUGAUGUGAUGAUUAUGUGUAAAAUGAUAAUUAUUAAGAAAUGAUUUGAUUAUGAUUAUGUGUAAAAUGAUACUAAAUUUGAAAAAAUUAGAUGAUUAUGUCUGAAAUGAUACCAAAACAGAAAUGAUCAUUGGAUAAUUAUUUGUAAAAUGAUACUAAUUUUGAAAUGAUGGUUUGAUGAUUAUGUGUAAAAUGAUACCAAAUUAGAAAUGAUGAUCGGGUGAUUAAUUGUAAAGUGAUACCAAAUUAGAAUGAUUUAAUGAUUAUGUUUAAAAUGAUUCCAAAUGACAAAUGAUUAGUUAAUUAUUUGUAAAAUGAUACUAAUUUAGAAAUGAUUUGAUGAUUAUGUUUAAAAUGAUACUAAAUUGGAAAUGAAUGGAUGAUUUUGUGUAAAAUGAUACUAAAUUAGAAAUGAUUGUGUAAUUAUGUGUAAAAGGAUGAUAAAUAAAGAAAUGAUGAUUAUGUUUAAAUUGAUACUAAUUGGAAAUGAUGAUUUGAUGAUAAUGUGUGAAAUAGUACUAAAUAAGAAAUGCUUAUGAGUUUAAAAUGAUACUAAAUUAAAGGCAUUUUUAUCGGCCACUAAUUAGCCAAAGUGAUUUGCAUUCAAUCACAUUUUCAUCUUUAACAUCAAUCUAAUUCAAAUUGAUUACCCUAAUCCACAAAUUAUCGACACCGAUUUCCAAAGUGAUUACCACAAAUAGCAAAAUCACCGCUAGGUGCAGUUUGACAAUUUUAUCGGGUGAUUACAUUUUUUAUCAAACUAUGUCCAGCCACAAGAAUUGUUCACAGCUAAUCGGCGCAUUUAACUAAUUCAUCUAAGUCCUUUGAAAUGACUAUACUGUCACAUGAUAUCUCCACUAAGUUCAAAUCGAUUUGGCAAGUUAAUAAAAAAAUCUAAAAAAUGAUUUGAUGAUUAUGUUUAAAAUGAUACUAAAAAUAACGUGUUGAAUUGUGCUGAUCUAAUGUGUUGUUUUGAUUGGUGUUGGUAUACGGUCUGGGCAAUUUCUAAAAAAAAAUCGUAUGGGGAAAGAAUAGUCCUCAUUUAUACGUUGGGGAUUGAGAUUGUAGAAUUCCAGUCAUAGAGUGAACCAUUACUUCUGUUUGUCAAUCUAAUAAAGUUUUGAUUAACCAAUUUCUUCAAAAUCAUCUUUUGGGCUACAUGUAUGUUAUGUUUUAUUUAUGGUAUUUUGUCUUGUUUUUGUUUUGUUUUUGUGAGAAAAAAUUUGUUUAAAAAUUA